AUGGCCGAUGACGCUGGUGUGGCUGAUGAAGCCCCCAUCACUUUCACAGUCAAGUCAUCCACCGAUGCCAAGUACACGUUGACUCUCCCACUCUCAACUCUGGUCUCCGAUCUCAAGCAAAAGCUCUCGAGCUCGGAAUAUGCGGAUACUCCAGCUGAUCGUCAACGCCUGAUCUAUUCUGGUCGGGUAUUGAAGGAUACUGAAACUCUGGAUACCUAUAAGAUCAAGGACGGCCACACUAUUCAUCUUGUUAAGAGUGCUGCAAGCAACCAACAACGAUCCAACACAUCCGGCCAGUCUUCCUCGGCAACGGCGUCCGCCGGCACCACACCAAGCCAACCUGCUGCCGCCGCCGGUGUGCCUGCCAAUCUCGCUGCUGGUACUGGUAACAACCCUUUGGCUGGGUUGACCGGGGCUCGAUACGCUGGGUUUGCCCAGUUACCGGGUGCGGGCCUCUUUGGUCCUGAUGGCGGGAUGGGCCCACCUCCGGAUAGCGAACAGAUGCUUAACAUGCUUGAGAAUCCUCAAUUUCAAUCGACUAUCAACGAAGCUCUCCAAAACCCCGCCAUGAUUGAUAUGAUGAUUCAACAGAACCCCAUGCUUCGGGAUAUGGGGCCUGGAGUGCGACAGAUGAUGCAGAGUCCUGAAUUUCGUCGUAUGUUGACAGAUCCCAGCUCAAUCCGUAAUAUGAUGCAGAUGCAGCGGGCGAUGGGAAUGGGUGGAGGUGGUAUGGGUGGUGACGAAGGUGCCUUUCCGGCCCCAGGUGUGACCAACACCACACCUGAAGACAAUCAAAACGCACAGCAGCAAGGUGCCCAGGCCAAUCCAUUUGCUGCGCUGGGUAUGGGCAUGGGCCAGAACCCUAUGGGUCAGAAUCCAAUGGGGAACCCAUUCGCUGCUCUCUUCGGGGGCAACCCCGGGGCCAACCCAUUUGCUCCUCCCGCGCAACCGGCUGCCGCUGGAACAACAGGCAAUGACCAGGCUGAGGGUGCACAAGAUACUACAGAACGAUCCGCCACUGGAGAGACACCCAAUGCUCAGGCAGCUCAGAACCCAUUUGCAUCUUUGCUCAAUCCUUCCCUUUUCAAUCCUUCCGCCCAGGGCCAAGGACAGGCAGGCGUCAAUCCCUUUAACCCACAACAAAAUCCAUUCCUUCGCGAUCCAGCUCUCAUGGCCCAGAUGAUGCAGGCAAUGGGUGGACAAGGUGGGGAAGGAGGGGCUGGUGCAAACCCUAUGGCAGCCUUAUUUGGAGGUGGUGGUGGCUUGGGUGGUUUUGGCUCCCCAGCUCCACCUGACAAUCGGCCUCCAGAGGAGGUAUAUGCUGAUCAACUUCGCCAACUGAACGACAUGGGAUUCUACGAGUUUGAGCGAAACAUCCAGGCUUUACGACGAUCCGGUGGCAGUGUGCAAGGAGCUGUAGAGUACCUAUUGACCCAGCCGUCAUAG